AUGUAUCUCCCGCUCAUCGACGCAUGUCGCCGCCGUCGCCGCUGCUCCGACGAGCCUCCGUGCUACGUCGACACGCUCCUCGACCUCGAGGUCCCGGUAAAAGACGACGACCAUGUGGCCUCUGUAGGUGUCGGCGGCUCUGAGCAGCAGCAGAGGAUCAGCGACGCAGAACUCGUAGGGCUGUGCUCGGAGUUCCUCGGUGCUGGGAGUGAAACCGUAGCCGCGGCAAUCCAGUGGAUCAUGGCGAACCUGGUGAAGCGCCCAGACAUACAGGAGGCUGUCCGUAGAGAGAUCGACGAUUCUGUGGGCGCCGAGGCCGAGGAGGUCGGCGAGGAGGUUCUUGAGAAGCUGGAGUACCUCAACGCCGUCGUCAUGGAGGCUCUUCGGCUACAUCCUACCACAGCUUUGGUGUUUAGGCAAGUGAUGAAAGAAGAUGAUGUUGUUCUUGAUGGCCGACGCAUUGGAGUGGGCACCACGGUGAUCUUUCCACUGGAGGCUCUAGCGCGUGACAAGACGGUGUGGGCUGACCCCGAUGUGUUCAAGCCGGAGAGAUUCCUAGCUUCCGGAGGUGGAGAAACCAUGAACCUCGUGGCAGCGGCAGGUAGCGCCGGGAAGAUGAAGAUGAUACCGUUUGGUGCCGGCCGGAGGAUUUGCCCCGGCAUGGGCGUCGCGAUGCUCCACAUAGGCUACUUCGUGGCAAAUCUCGUGAGGGAGUUCGUGUGGAAGGAGGCAGAGGGUGAACACACCAUUGAUCUUCAGCCACACACCAUCGUGUUGGUCACUGUCAUGAAGCGGCCACUACGAGCUCAUCUUUUGCAAAGGCGACGGGACGCAAAAAAUACAAGUUAA